AUGACAACCUACAAAUAUAUAGAAGGCAAAACUGUUGCAAUUAUCGGUUGCCCUUUUAGUGGCGGACAGCCAAAAGAAGGCGUCGAUGAAGGACCAUUGAAAAUGAUAGAAUACGGUUUAAUACCCCAACUUCAAGAAAUGGAUUGGGAUGUAGAAUUUGAUGGUCAUUAUAGACUUACAGAUCUUCGGCCAGCCAAGGAUCCAAAUAUAGGGAAACUCAAGAGACCUCUUUAUGUUUCACGGGUAGCUCAAACUGUAGCUAAAACUGUUGAAUCACAUCUUAGAAAACGUCAAUUGGCGCUGACUUUAGGAGGUGACCAUAGUCUUGCUAUGGGUACAGUAUCAGGAACUUUAGCAGUUUAUCCAAAUGCUUGCUUAAUUUGGAUUGAUGCUCAUGCGGAUCUCAAUACUCCCGAGAGCACAGAAUCUGGUAACUUACAUGGUUGUCCGGUAUCAUUUUUGUUAGGAAUCGCUGGUAAAGUACCGGGAUUCGAAUGGAUCAAACCAUUACUCACAGCCAAUAGACUUGUAUAUAUUGGAUUGAGAGACGUUGAUCCACCAGAAAAAUUACUCUUAAAAAAACAUGGUAUAAAAGCAUUCUCUAUGCACGAAGUAGAUAAAUAUGGUAUUGGUAAAGUAGUAGAAAUGGCUCUCGAUGCAGUAAAUCCUGAUCGAAGUUUACCUAUUCAUCUUAGUUUUGAUGUUGAUGCACUCGAUCCAAGUGUUGCCCCAAGUACAGGUACUCCUGUUCGUGGUGGGUUGACUUUCAGAGAAGGUCAUUAUAUCUGUGAAGCAGUUCAUGAAACUGGUAGCUUAGUCGCACUUGAUAUAAUGGAAGUGAAUCCUUCUCUUGCGGACGAAGCCAGUGUUUUUCAAACAGUAACGGUUGGAUGUUCUUUGGUUCGAUGCUGCCUAG